AUGAAAGAACCCCGGAUUUUCCCUAGAGAGCGGCCAACUCCUUGGACUCGCGCUCCACUGCCACCUCGAGGACGACUGGAUGGUUCCCUGGGACCUCAGGGGGGUCCUGUUAUGAACCCAGGCCAUCCACUAGGCAUGAGCUCGGACCCCUUCCUUAUGGCAGCAGGUUCUCGUGGUGGAAAUGUGGUCCCAUUUCCAAGGAAUCCGACUCCUUGUCCAAGUUCAUCAGGCUCGUUGGCUUCAAAUCCAGCACCUUUUCCUGCUGGUGCUCGUGACCCAAGCAUGGCUGCUUUCCCAAGAGGAAUGAAUUCCACCAGCAUGGGUGCAAUUUCUUUCCCAAGGCCAGGUGGCCUCUUGGGACCAGGACCAGCUCUAAACCCUAGAACAGGGUCUCUUCCAGGGCCUCUGUCUAACCCCAGGUUGGGAGGUCUCCCAGGCCCAGGUCCCAUGUCCAACCCAAGAGUAGGUGGUCUCUUGGGAGUGAGUCCUGACCCCAGAAGUGGUGGCCCCAUAGGUCCUGGAUGUGGACCCAACCUGAGGGCGGGUGUCUUGUCAUCUGGGAGUGGUCCUUCCAAUCCAAGGCCAAUUGGCUUGGGCCCUGGACUGAGUCCCAAUCUGAGGUCAGGCUUUUUAGGUGCAAAUCCUGCUCCUAGGUCAGGCAUAUUUCCAGGGCCAGGCCUGGGGCCUAACCCACGAGCAAGUGGACUGGGUCCAGGUCUUGGAUCCAACCCAAGGGCCAGUGGCCUGGGCCCAGGUCCAAAUCUGGACACCAGAGCAAGUGGCCUCUUGGGCACAGGAUCUGGCCUUAACUUAAGAAUGGCUGGACCUCAAGGUCUAGAUCUUGCCCCCAUUCUAAGAGCUGCAGGUCUUUUAGGAGCAAACUCAGCAUCUUUCUCACAGGCUUCUGGAAACAUGGGCACAAGCCCAUCCAUGACGAGAGUACCUGGCCCCUUAGGCCCAAAUACAGGUCCUAGCCCUCGAGGCAUGGGUCUUCCUGGGACAAACCCAUCUCCCAUGUCAAGGGCUCCUGGCGCUAUAGGCCCCAAUUCAGCUCAUUUCUCAAGGCCAGGUGGUCCUAUAGGGAUAAAUGCCGGUCCCUUUCCAAGGGGGACAGGUUCAGGAGGACUGAACCCAGCUGCCUUUUCUCAGUCUUCUGGCACAUUAGCUUCAAACCCAGGUACCUUCCAGAGGCCUACUGGCCUCCAAAGCUCAAAUCAAGGCAUUUUCCCAAGAGCCUCUGGGCCCCUGGGCCCCAAUCCAGCCAACUUUCAAAGGGCCACUGGCCUGCAAGGUCCAAGUCCAGCUACCUUCCCAAGGUCUGCUGGUCCAUUAGGCCCAGGUCAAGUUGCUUUCCCAAGGUCAGCUGCUGGGCACCUGGGCUCUUCUGCAGGUCCUGUGGGUAUCAACCCAGCUCCUUUUGCAAGACCAGCUGGUACCCUGGGUCUAAACCCAGCUUCCUUUCCAAGGAUGAAUGGCCCUGCAGGCAAGAGUUUAGUUCCAUUUCCUAGAGUGGGGAGCCUUCCUGGUGCAAACUCAGCUGUUUUCCCCAGACCAGGGGGUCCAAUGGCUGCAAUGUACCCAAAUGGAAUGUUGCCCCCUUAAGUACCACUUUCCCUCCAGGACCACUUUGUUUUUCAAAGCACUGUGGUUCAAAGUAGGGAAUCUCUUAGGUAAAAGAGUAGAUUGGGAGCUACUGUCUGAAGAACACAGGUGAGGCUCAAGUUCAAGUGAGCCUUUCCCACCCCACUCCCUUGCUUUUUUCUUGACUGAAGAUGAAAUACUUUUAGUGGGACAUGGACUGUGGCAGGCGGGAAGGAUCUUGUCCUCAAGAGAAAGGAUCUCCGGCCUUCCUGAGCCCUGCUGUGCUUUAGUCCCACAGCUGUCUGCCCCUGUUUCUUCCUAGUUUCUUGACUUGUUCUGGUGGACUUUUCCUCAGGGAUACACUGGCCCCCAGGUCCUAAGCUGUGUGCAGCCCUGUGCUCUCCACUGGAGAAUCAACUCACUUGUUCUACGGAGUUGCUGCAUAAUUGGAAUUGGACCAUGCUGCAGUAACUGACCGGGGUGACCUGGACCUGGUCCCCUUCUACUGCCAGACCUUUCCCUGGGAGCUUAUACACAGAACGGGGAGAUGGACCACAAGAGGUGGGGCCAACCCACCAACUUUACAUGUGACUAGGCCUGUGGCUCCUUUCUCCUGUCACUUUAGAGGUGACCAGCCUUAGGGCUCCUCUGUUCAUCCAGUUCCCUCUCCACUGGUACUCCCAAUCAAGAACCUCAAAUUUUAAACAUUGGAUGGGAAUUGGGGGUGGGGGAGGAGGGGGAGAAAUCACUGUGCUUUGUUCAGCCUGAUGUGAAGGAUGGUGUUUUUCCUGCAUUGUAUCUUUUCUAUUUCUUUAAUAAAUGGGAUAAGAGGGC